AGUCCACGAGCGCCAUUAUUACGCUCCGUACGUGUGUCACCGUGUAUAGAAAUCACUUUAAGGUGCUUUCGGGAUACUGUACAUUAGAGACCUUUUUUGAUUUUUAUGAUUAAAUAAUCAAACGUCAUAUGUCAGGAGUAUCGAUCACUAUCUGGAAUCAUCCCGUGGGCAAAGAGUGUUUGAUUGGUUCCUGGGAGUAAUACCAAUAGUCGGAGUGUCCUAAUUGAAUUGUUCAGCUUCUUGUGAUUUAUUUUGUUUGAUACUUGUGUAGAACCUUUCUAUGUGAUGUUGGAUAGUUCAAGUAAUUUCUGAAAUCAGUUGCAUCACGAUUCAACAUUCAAAAAUCUCUUUUCUUUUUGAAUAUAAAUGCUGUGAAUUUGUGUAGGAAAAGUUCUAGUGUUGAAUAACAAAAUGAAGAUGUUUUAAAUCGAUUUUGAAAUAUAGCAGCGACUUUGCUCUCGAGUAAUCGAUUAGUUUGAAUUGUGUGUUAUGAUAGAAAGGAGAGCAAUCUGUAUAUCUCCAUGAAUAGAUAAAAGAAAAGUUAGCAGCCCUCUUUUAUCGAAAGAUCCAGUCAUUGUGUAAUAAAAUAAGAAAAUCGAAUCCAAUAUCAUUCACGGAACAGGAGUCAAUUUAAAUGUGUGAAACCAAAGUGCUGAAAAAGUUAAGGCAAAUGAACGAAGAUGUUAUUACAUAAUCAACAGAAUUGACAACACUUUGUUUUUAUUACGUGAAAACUAAUAUCAUCAGCAGUAGUGAAAUAGAUCAAUUUGCAAUAGUUGUUUGUGACUUUUCCUACUAAGCAAAAUAAAUAUAUUGCGAUUAAUCUCCGCUGAGCGUUAUCAUCGCAGAUGCAUCAUGUUCCAAUUACCCAGAAGCAGUUGAACUCUUUGGAAUAGUUGGAAUUCUUGGGACGCUUUCGUGGCUUGAAUACAUUUAAAAUGCCAUUUAAAAAAAUCCAAAGACGAGUUAGUGGACCGGGAGCUUAUUGCAAUAAUUAUCUGCAAAACAGUCAGGAAAACUCCGAGUUUCUACAACUUUAUCAAAAUCAGCUGCACCAGUCUUCGGUGAACGUUGGUUAUAGUAACAUAGUUUAUGGUAGUAACAGUAGUGCACAGCAAGGUACAACAAAAUGUGGCUCAGCAACAACUACGUUAGCAGAUAAGCCUACAAGCAGGGGAUCGGAAUCCGAAGCAUCAGCCAAUACAUACAAUAACUUGGAUAAAGCAUCGUCGGCUCCGGAUGAAAAUAAUUUGAACUUUAAUUUGAUCAAAACUAGUGCUAAAUCAUUGUCGGCCAAUAAUUGUAGUGGUGGUCAUAAAAGUGUUGCUAGUGGCUCUGCAAGUGAUGCAGGCAAUGGAGGAAACAGUGACUAUCAUGCGAAAUAUUACGGAAGUGAUAACAGUAACAACUUGAAUACCCCUACAACGAGUAACGUUACGGAGCAUCAGCACAUGCUAAGUGAAUCGAAUGACAAUUCAAACAAUAGUGUAAGAAAUUCACCACUAUUCAAUGGAUGUAAAAGUGUUCUUCAACAGGCAUACUCUUUAAAUAACUCCAAUAAGCCUUCGUUAAGCAAAAACGCAUUGCUAAGCUCGUGCCAGGGAUCAUUCCAUUCUUUACAGGGUGGUCUAAGCUCAGACAACAGCACAUUUGUGCAACAGUAUGGUAGUAGUAUAUCAUCAACAAAUUCUUCGUCAAAUACUGCAACGGCUGUCGGUUCUCAACAGCAGCAAUCAAGCAGUUUAGCUCACUUUCAUCAGCAACAACUUUCUCAACAUCGGCAAGGCUGUUCCAUAACACCAGCUGAAUCAUUGAACGGUAGCGGCACCCUAGUUUUUAGUAGAUCAAGGAUUAACAGCAACAGUGAUUCAUCUAAUAAUAAAAAUAACAACUUCAACAAACUUAACUACGACAAAAAAUGCUCUAGUUCUGGUGCUAACAUAAAUAUUUAUAGUAAUAACCGUAACAAAAGCAAUAACAAUAGUAACACAAUAAACAUAAGUAGUAGUAGUAGUAGCAACCAUCAAAGUGAAACCAAUCAAUUGAAGGGUAUUAUCGAAUUGAACGCCCAAGUUAGUGAAUUGAAUAGCAAAAAUAUUGAGUUUAAUAGACAACUAAGUGCACCUACAGAGAACAACAAUAAUCAAAACAACCCAAAUUGCUACAGUAACAGUGUGUACAAUCUCUACUCGAAUCACAUCUUAAGUCAAUAUUACACCGGGUCUCCGAAUACUAAUAGCCUAAACAGAACGAAGAAGAAAAGAAGCUUCAAAUUAAAUGGAAGAUUGUUCAAUGCCGCCAGCACUGAUUCCAUAAGGUUUCACUCGAAUCUUUUAAAUCAAAAUGAAAACGAUUUAAGGGUAUCGAUUGAUAACACCUGCACAGACUCCCUGGUGACCGCAUUAGAUGACGAAGCUUUGUUAAUUAAUGAUUACAUAAACGAUAUGGCAAAAUCAAAGGUACACUUCGAUGAUGUGUCCCUUUACGGGACGCCCAAGGAGGAACCACUUCCAAGUAUACCACCGGCAACGGAAAAACAAUCAUCGAAUUUCCUGAAGAACCAACUACAAGCAUGGUUCCAGCCAACAGACAAUCGCCUGGCCAUGAAGCUUUUUGGAAGCAAAAAAGCUCUGGUCAAGGAACGAAUUCGACAGAAAACGGCCGGUCAUUGGGUGAUUCAUCCCUGCAGUUCAUUUCGGUUUUACUGGGACUUGUGCAUGCUGCUGCUACUUGUGGCUAAUUUAAUUAUUUUGCCCGUCGCCAUAUCUUUUUUCAAUGAUGACCUCAGUACGAGAUGGAUUGCCUUCAAUUGCUUAAGUGAUACGAUUUUUUUAGUUGACAUUGUUGUCAAUUUCAGAACAGGCAUUAUGCAACAAGAUAAUGCUGAACAAGUGAUAUUAGAUCCUAAGCUAAUCGCAAAACAUUAUUUAAAAACAUGGUUUUUUCUUGACUUAAUUUCAUCGAUACCACUAGAUUACAUUUUCCUCAUAUUCAACCAGAUUCAGAAAAAUAAUCAGGACUUUUCAGAUUCAUUUCAAAUUCUACACGCUGGCAGAGCACUUCGAAUACUUAGACUAGCGAAGCUUUUGUCGUUAGUGAGGUUGUUGCGACUCUCACGCUUGGUGCGUUAUGUGUCACAAUGGGAAGAAGUAUACAUCCUACAAAAUCUACAAAAAAAACAUUCAGAUCGAAGAGGAAGAUCUUUUCGAAAAGAACAGACGGGCUUUUCAAAGAGCAAUCUUAUUUUUAAGUUCCUGAAUAUGGCUUCCGUCUUUAUGCGGAUAUUCAAUCUUAUCUGUAUGAUGUUGCUCAUAGGACACUGGAGUGGAUGUUUGCAAUUCUUAGUUCCUAUGCUGCAAGGAUUUCCGUCGAAUUCCUGGGUGGCUAUCAAUGAACUACAGGAGGCGUACUGGCUGGAGCAAUAUUCAUGGGCUUUAUUUAAGGCGAUGUCUCAUAUGCUGUGCAUUGGAUAUGGCAGGUUUCCGCCUCAAUCGCUUACAGACAUGUGGUUGACAAUGCUUUCUAUGAUAUCUGGAGCAACUUGCUAUGCACUUUUUCUCGGACACGCGACAAAUUUGAUCCAAAGCUUAGACUCCAGCAGGCGACAGUAUCGUGAAAAGGUGAAGCAAGUCGAAGAAUACAUGGCGUAUCGCAAAUUACCACGAGACAUGCGGCAAAGAAUCACAGAAUAUUUUGAGCAUCGAUAUCAAGGGAAAUUCUUCGACGAAGAGUGCAUUCUAGGCGAACUAAGUGAAAAACUAAGAGAAGAUGUGAUAAACUACAAUUGUAGGUCUUUGGUUGCUUCAGUGCCUUUUUUUGCCAAUGCUGACUCUAAUUUUGUAUCAGAUGUAGUAACUAAAUUAAGAUAUGAAGUAUUUCAACCUGGUGAUAUUGUAAUUAAGGAGGGAACAAUAGGAUCAAAAAUGUAUUUUAUCCAAGAAGGAAUCGUGGAUAUCGUAAUGGCGAAUGGAGAGGUUGCAACUUCUUUAUCAGAUGGAUCUUAUUUUGGAGAGAUAUGUCUUCUAACUAACGCUAGGCGAGUUGCAAGUGUUCGCGCAGAAACCUACUGCAAUUUAUUCUCUUUGAGUGUUGAUCAUUUCAAUGCUGUUCUGGACCAAUACCCAUUGAUGAGGAAAACUAUGGAGACUGUAGCAGCUGAGAGGCUUAACAAAAUAGGAAAAAAUCCAAAUAUUAUGGCUCAUAAGGAGGAAUCGGAAUCGGCAAAUGCAGAAACUAAUCAAAUAAGUGCUGUGGUAAAUGCAUUAGCAGUCGAAGCUGAAAAUAAUUUAAAUAAUUUUAGUGACGAAAGCGGAAGUUUAAAAAAGGUUCAUUCUGAUUUAAGUUUAACCGAGUUAAAUCAAAGUUUAAGAAUGAGUUUACCAAGGCCAAAAAGUGGUGAAUUUAGAGCAUUAUUCGAAGGAAGUAGUCCUUAGUAAAGUAACAACUCUCUCUGGAAUUGACAAAUACUCUUCUAUAAGAUGCAAGUGAGAUAUUACGAAUAAAUUUUGGUUUUAAAGAAAGAUAUAGCGUUUGUUUUCCUAAUAAUUUUUCCAAUUCAUGUGUUUGACGUAUGCUUGUAGCCGUUUGAGUAGAACCCGGAGAUCAAUUACUUAUAGUACAAUUUUAGAUAUGAAUAUAUUGUAUCAAAGGAAAU